UCCUCGAUUUCUAAUCCUCACAUCAUCCCGUUCUUAGUUCUUACCGGCGAUCCUUGAAAUCGACGCCCAAUGGCUCCAAUCGCUGUCGGAGAUUCGUUGCCGGACGGCACGCUGGCCUACUUCGAUGAGCAGGAUCAGCUGCAGCAUGCCUCCUUCCACUCCCUUGCCGCCGGCAAGAAGGUCAUUCUCUUUGGAGUCCCCGGUGCCUUCACUCCCACAUGCAGCUUGAAACAUGUACCGGGCUUUGUUGAGAAAGCAGAAGAGCUCAAGUCUAAGGGCAUUGAUGAGAUUCUGCUAAUCAGCGUCAAUGACCCUUUCGUGAUGAAGGCCUGGUCCAAGACUUACCCUGAGAACAAGCAUGUCAAGUUCCUUGCUGAUGGCUCUGCAGCAUUUACUCAUGCUCUUGGCCUGGAGCUUGAUCUUUCAGAGAAAGGACUCGGCGUUCGAUCCAAGAGGUUCUGUCUCUUAGUUGAUAACCUCAAGGUCAAAGUUGCAAAUGUUGAGUCUGGUGGAGAAUUUACCGUCUCCAGUGCUGAGGAAAUCCUCAAGGCUCUUUGAUGUGUUCAUCUUUCUAUUGUAUGCAAACUUUUUCAUGUCACAGGCCUCGGCCGACGAUCUUCUAUCAUACUGUUAUUUUGUGGGGUGAUGAGAUGUCUUAGGCUCCCUUUAUAUGAAUAAUGAAAGAUCAUGCCGUUUCUUGUUCCCUUUUUGGUUUUUAUCAAAUGAAGGAGAGUUUAGAUCUGGUAAUGGAACUCUGGCCAUGGUCUUCACUGCUCUAAACUUCUGGUAAA